UUCAUCAUCCAAUUUCACGCACAUAUCGUACGUUAGCUAACGCUGUUAUCCACACGCGAAGUAAAUAUUAGACACUUGUACAUUUGUUAUUAGGUAGGUAGGUAUUGCAUUGUAAUCCUAGCCAUCCGACUUAUGUUAAUAUGCAAAAGUUUGUGUUGGCCAACAAAGUCUUGUCGCUAGACAACGGCUUGCAUCGAUUUAAAUAUAGCCAAAUGGGGUGCUAUCAAUAUACAGUCAUGGUGAACUGGGACGGGGGCAUUUCUGGUCGCCAUAGAUCUGUAGCCAAUGUGGUGCAAUAGAGUUCAGUGGGUACAGCUCGCUGAACAUCGCUGGAAAGCCUAAAAGCGCGCUCCCAUCUGAAGCGCGCCAUCGAGAACAAGUCGAGGGCGGCAAAUAGUCCAGGCAGGGCAGUUUGCCUGUUCUCUUCCGAACAUGGAUAAUUGGACAAAAAACACACAUUUACAAGGAAACAACCACAUAUUCCAUCAUGCAAUGGGAGGAAGCUGACCACUGAUAUCUCAAAGACUUUGAGGCAAGACCAGAAGUCUUAACGGAGCAAGAGGGCUGCUUUAAAGGUAUGGAGCAGGACAGCACAGGUGUGUGGCCGCGCCUGGAGCCCUUCCUGUUGGGCGCGCUGCAGGUGCCGCCGCCCGCCAAGCUCAGCUUGCACUACCUGCGCAAGAUGGCCGCCUACGUGCGCACGCGCGAGGGCUGCUACCCGCGGCUGGCGUGGACGCUGUGGAGGCACAUCGCCUGCGGCAAGCUGCAGCUCGCGGAGGACCUGGCCUGGCUCUACUUCGAGACGUUUGACCUCCUGACGCCGCACGUCCCAGAGGAGAGGCUGGGGUGGGCCGAGGCGCUAUCCCAGUGCGCCUGCGCCAAGGAGCUCGACCGAGUGCGCGGCAAGCUGUCCGUGGACACGCUGCAGUUCCUGCUCUUCCUCUACAUGCAGCAGCUGAACCGCGUGUCUCUGCGCACCUCUCUGAUCGGGGAGGAGUGGCCCAGCCCUCGAGCCCGCUCACCGUCCCCGUCCUCCGACCGGGAGGCCAAGACCAGCUCCCAGAACAAGAACUGGGACGACCAGGCGCACCUGACCUUCGUCCAGACGCACCUGUCGGACCUGCUGGAGCUGCUGCUGGAGCCGGGGCAGCUGAGCCAGUCGGGCCAGGCGGUGCGGGACAGCCAGGUGUCCGCCGAGGCCGUGCAGAGCCUCGGCUUCCUGCUGGAGGGGUGCGCGGGCCGGGGGCGCACGGUGCACCCCCUGCACCGGCUGCUGGGCCGCGCCCCGCUGCAGGCCCAGGCCGGGUUCUCCAAGCUCAGCCGCUCCUUCUCCCUGCAGCAGCUGCAGGCCUGGCUGCGGCGGACGCUCUGCCUCAACCCCUUCGGCAUCUCCGCCUGCCUGCGCUCCGGGAAGAAGCUGGCCUGGGCCCAGCAAGUGGAAGGCUCUAUCAAGAGAGCCAAGAUCGCCCGCAACACUCACAUGGCUCCGCCCGGGAGCAAGGUGGUGCUGAUGUCCCAGGUGUUCCGGCAGACGCUGGCCAAGAACUCGGAUAAGCUGGCCGGAGCCAACAUCAAACUGCAUCGCUGCAGCGAGGCCUUCAUCUACCUGCUCUCCCCCCUCAGGUCCGUGUGCCUGGACAAGUGCCGGAACAGCACGGUGGUCCUGGGCCCGGUGGAGACCAGCGUUCACGUGCAGAGCUGCGAGAACGUGACGGUGGUGUGUGUGGCGGGGCGCGUGGCCGUGGGGGCCUCCUCCCACUGCACCCUCCACGCCCUGACGCCCAGCCGGCCGCUGCUCCUCCCCGGCAACACGGCCCUCACCCUGGGGCCCUUCCACACGCACUACCCCGCCCUGGAGGACGACAUGGCCCGCGUCGGCCUGGCCGUGGUCCCCAACGUCUGGGACCGGCCCCUGACGCUGGGGCCCGAGGGGAACCCCCACGACAACGCCGCCUACCGCCUUCUCCCGCCCGGCGAGUUCUGCCCCAUGGCCAUACCCUUCCAGAUGGAAGGGGAUACCUGCGAGGUGCCUGGGGGGCUGCCCCCGCUCUACAGAAAGGCCGUGGACGAGAGGGAGCUCCGGGUGCAGGAGUGGCAGAAGACCGUGAAGGACGCUCAUCUGAUCAAAGACCAGCGGCGGCAGUUCCAGGCCCUGGUGGAGCAGAAGUUCCACGAGUGGCUGCUGGAGUCUGGGCACAGGCAGCAGCUGGACUGCCUCAUCCCCCCCACGCUCACCUCCGGCCCUGGGGAGUCCUCGGGCAGCUGGGUGGACGCCUACAGCCCUGACCACAGCAAAUCCGGCGAGAUGAACCCCGAAGGACCUCGACAGGCGGCGGGACAGACGUCGACAGCCCGCUGAAUUAACGGGUCCUGAACUGAGACCCGGACUCCCGACAACACCUGAAGGUGUCGACAGAUUGUGCCUCCGUGUACUCACCCUGGAUCCGUUUAGCUUUUUUUUGGUGUAAAGAGGUUGGGGUUCGGAUGAGGUUUGGAUGAGUUAACUGGUCUCAGAUCGGGGGGCUUGUGUCACAGAGCAGGAUUACGGAGUUAGCUGGAUAACCGUGCCGAGUUAAAACCAAAACGGACAAAAAGUCCGUGUUCCAGAUUUAGGAGAGGUUCCAGGUUUUACUCGGUGCCGAACUCCGUAAUCCUGCUCUGUGAUAAAGGCCCCUGGACUCUGGUGUGCCGUUUGGCCAGAGCAGGCCUCAGCCACAGGCUGCAGCCUGAUCUUUGUUGGCAGACUGCCCCGUACCUCCACCCACGCUCCUCUAGGGCUGGGAACUGCUGCCUUUCCACCCGCCCUUUAGCUGGGAGUCUGACGGGAAGACCGUCUGGCCAAUCAGCAGCACUGUUCCGUUAACUGGUCAGUUAAUUACCUGGGAGGAAGGAAAACCAGGGCCCGAUUUAGGUCUGAGGAUCGGUCCGUAGUUUCAAGUAGGCCUGGCUGUAAGCUUCAUAAGGGGCAUGGUACUGACUGCCCUGGGGUUGAUUGACAGCUCUGUCACAGCACAAGUUGAUUGAAAGAUCAAAAACGUGGCCAUUCACAGGCAUCAGCUAGAGCAGGGCUGCCCGACCCUGUUCCUGGAGAUCUACCAUCCUUUAGGUUCUAAUUUGGCAUCUCCCUAUUCUAAUUGGCAGCUCAACUAGAUAUCUAGCUGUUGAAUGAGGUGUGCUUUGUUCGGGUCAGAGUGAAAACCCUACAGAAGGGUAGAUCUCCAGGAACAGGGUUGGGCAGCCCUGCUCUAGCUGUUGAACGAGGUGUGCUUUGUUAGGGUCGGAGUGAAAACCCUACAGGAGGGAAGAUCUCCAGGAACAGGGUCGUGCAGCCCUGAGGUAGAGCGAUACAUGACGGUCAGUUCUCCUGUUAUUAGUCACACUCCGAUCACUUGCUGUAUGUGAAAUGCUGGGUAGUCAGGUUGUAAACAUAAAAGGGAAUGGUCUAAUAUAUGAAAGGUACAUUCUUGCUCACGCACAGAAGGACAUUGUGCAGUGUGUGAAUGAUGAUGAUGAACCGCGAAUGCAGACAGGUGAACGGGGGUCUAUGUCUAUGACAGCAAGACAGCAAGAUAAUGCUGCCUAGAUAGUACUGUCGAGAACCGGCAGCAAACGGUAAACAACCAGCUGUAUCAAAAUGGCUGCCCAGGUUACCAAAUUCUUCUCAAAGGUUUCACGUUAAUUUUCCCUCAAAUGAAUUAUGGGAAGGUUGAUAGAAAUUAAGGGGUAAAAAGCGAAACGUUAUCUGGUGCACUUGUUUGUAGAGUUAAUGAAAGUGCAUAACGAUUGUAUUACAUUUGCAUGGAAGUACUGUACCUUUUAUCCAUGACGGGUUAAAGGUCAAAAUGGCGGUGUCUCUCUGAACAAAUGGGACUUUGCCUUAGUUUUGCUGCUUAGCUCUGUUUUUGCCUUACACUGAAAUUGCACUCAAGCCUGUUAAAUGGUCCAAAGUAGUCCAGUCGCAUUUUAAAAAGCACAUAUUUUUGUACAAUAUUCUUUCCAGCCACUUUCACAGAAAAAAAAAAGAAAGCACUUAUUUUGUGCCUUGCCUCAGAAGAGUUUAUUGUUGUUGAGGUGUGUGACCAUUCUUGUUUACAUUUGCUUCGAUAAACCCAAUGAAACUGAAGUAACGAUUGAUUGCUCCAGACCACACAAAUGCAAUGCAAAGAAGCCUUGAAAGUCGCUGAUAAACUGAUAAACACCAAAUAAAAAGAUUGUCUGUC